AUACCUAUUAUUCAACUUGGUGUGUCACUUCACAACCAUACAUAAUUCCCAAACCGAUUGCACUUAAAACCCUAACCCUAGAAAUCAGACUCUGAGAUAAAUGACGCAGAAGGCGAAUCUAUUCAAGGGUAAAGCCAAGAAGAAAUCAAUUCCUCCCAAUCGUCAUGGGAAAGCCCCUGUUACUCGCAAAGGAAAGAGAUUCGUGAAGCCAUCCAAGGUCACAAAGGAGAUGGAUGCUGAUCGUGAGGUUAGCAAAUUCAUUAAUCAAUGCAAUGAGAUCAAAGCAGCGACUCUAGCAACGAAGGAUGGUGGCCAAUUAGGCAUCAUUAAGCCUCCACUAGAGCAACCAAGUGGUGCUAAGUAAAUUGUUAAUUAUGAGUGAAACAGGGAUUCUUGUUAUAGCUGAAUGUAUCUUAUGAAUGAUGCAUUGUCUUAGAGCCUUUUUAGUUAUAAAUUGUAAAAUCAAUUUUGAUAAUUUCACUUUGCUGGGAGUAUUUUGGGGUGUAUUUACUGGUGGGAAUUUCCCUUUCUUUUGUGGUUGUUGAUUAUUAGUUAUUUGGGAAAUUGUAGUGGUCAUUAAAUUUCAUGUCUGUGGUAAUUGAGGAAGUUUAACUUUUAUGAAUUCAA